AUGACAGACUCAGCACAAAGGUUCCAGGUUAUCAUUGCUGGUGGUAGCCUGGUAGGCCUGACGACAGCUCUGGCUCUGGAGAAGGCCGGGAUCGCUUACGUCUUGUUGGAGAAGCGCGAAAUCGCCCCGCAUUUGGGUGCAUCCAUCUCCAUCCACCCCCAUACCCAACGCGUGAUGGAGCAGUUAGGGGUGUGGCCUGAAAUCAGGGCAGGUGUACUUCCUCUUGAGGAUAGACGACACUAUGAUGAAAAGGGGGUUUUGUUUGAGGAGUCUUCGAUACUGCGAGAGAUCUCUAAGCUGUGUCGCAACAGGUGUACUGCUUUCAUGGAGCGCAAGUUCUGGCUAGGCUGUAUCUACAACACCAUCAAAGACAAGUCCUGCGUUCGUGCCAACUCUGGCGUGGCUUCGUUUGUCGAGUCUGCAGACGGUGUCGAGGUGACGACGGAGAAUGGGGAGGUUUUCAAGGGUGAUAUCCUCCUAGGCGCCGACGGCGUCCACAGCCACAUCCGAAGACUCCUAGCAGACAAAAUAGACGGCACUGAUGCUGCUGACGCGCAGCGGAUGCGAGAAUGCUAUGUGAGCACUUAUCAUGCCAUCUUUGCUACCUCGCGGAAUCUCAACACGAAGGGCGAACUGUUUCUUCCCGAGCGGAUGGUGCACAACGUCUAUUACCCAGGCUUCUCUGGAGUCUCUGCCGCUGGUGUUCGCGAUCUCGUCUUCUGGUUUCUUUUUGUCAAAAGUGACAAAGUGACCAAGAGCCCCAACACACCACGGUUUACCGAACAGCAAACACUGGCCACAAUCGAGAAGUAUGGAGACCACAACCUCGGCCCUGGGUACACUUUCAAGGACCUGUGGAACAGUCGAAUCAAAGCGAACAUGGUGGCGCUUGAAGAGGGAGUGCUUCAGACGAAAUGGAAUUCUGGUGGCAGGGUCGUCCUGCUAGGAGACGCGGUGCAUAAGGCGACAGUCAACCCGGGACUGGGUGGCAAUCUCGCGGUGGAAGGCGUUGUGCACUUGAUGAACGAGCUCGUGCCCCUCUUGCGCAGGUGCGAGGGGGAUGGCAUGCGAAAACCGACGAGCACCGAACUGGCAGCCACCUUUGACGAGUAUGAGAAGAAACAGCGGCCCCAUGCCGACCUCAUCGUGAACGCGUCUGGGUACAUUACGCGCUACGAAGCCAUGGACACAUGGUGGCUCAAUACCCUCCGUCGCGUCUCGCCUUGGGUCAGUGACACCAUGAAGGCGAGUGGGUUUGCUCGAUACAUUAAUGAGGGGCCAUGGUUGAAUUUCCUGCCUAACCCAGACGAUGACCAACGGACAGGUGGUGAGGAAGGUUCGUGA